AUGGCUGUUCAAAAUGGACCCGCUGCAAAGGCAAAGGUUGGGCGAUGGGUUGCUCGAACAGUGCAUGCAGCAAUUGAGGGCAUCGCAUUUCUCUGGACUGUUCCAGGAUUCCGGGUGUUCCUCGCCGCCAACAGCGUGGCUCUGUGCUACUUCCUCGGUCCCAAGAAGUCAACAGCGGUGGCCUUGAACAGUGCCCUGCUCUGUGCUGGCGGCAAGUUCGUCCAUGUGCUCUUCACCACUGCGAAAGAGAAGUACCCAGAUGACAAGCAGGAGUUGGGAUCCAUCUGGGACUACAAUCCUCCCAGCGACAUGGCCGGUUCUGGCGCUUGGGUGGUGUUGCGCGAGCUGGCCACCACCAUGAACAGUGCGAAUGAGGUCUUCCCAGAGCUGAAGGAUCUGGAGACGCUGCCCAUGCAUGACAUGGCCCUGCGGCUGUGCUUUCUCUUUGACCACUAUGACAAGAACCCAGUGUGCGAACACAUCAGCAAGGAGUCUGUGGAUGAGACGAAGCUGGAGCAAUUGGGGGAGAUGUUGUGGUAUGCAGACAUGGCGUACGAGGGCGAGUCAGAGCGCACGCUGCAUGAGCGGCUCACAAAGAAAGGGUUUGGGCUGGCGCAUGUGAAGCUGACAUCCACGUGGGCGGAGCACUGCCCGGCCUACUAUGUGGCGCUGAAUCUGCAGGACAAGAUCAUGCUCAUCUCUGUGCGUGGCACUGCGCAAGUGGAGGACGUUGUUACUGACCUGACUGCCUUGCCCAAGGAGUUUGGUGACUCAGGGCAUCUGGUGCACAGCGGAGUGCUGGCUUCAGCUGAAUGGCUCAGUGACAGGCUCUCCUGCAUUGCCCAGGGGUUGCAUGAGGCUGGCUACAAGAUUUUGACCGUUGGGCAUUCUCUAGGAGCCGGCGCGGCUGCGCUGCUCAGCAUCAUGCUCAAGUCCAGGGGCGUGGAGCGAUUGCAGUGCUACGCAUUCGCUUGCCCGCCCUGCGUGGACCAAAAACUGGCAGCCGACUGCAAGGACUAUGUGUUCUCUGUGGCUCUGCGCCAUGAUGUGGUGUCUAGAUUCUCACCACAGGCACUCGCGAAGCUGCACGAAGAAUUGCGCACCUUUGACCUGGAGCCCGCCAUGGAGGCCGAGGAUCUGCGGCCGGCGCUGCAGACGAUGGUGCACAUAUACCACGUGGUAGAGGCCGUGCAGAACACCAAAUUCCCAGGCUUCAGCAAGGAUGUGGACGAGGAGGGCCGCACUGCAGAGCAGAAGGCCAAGGAGGGGGAGCAGAAGCGAGAGGAGGUUGACGAGGAUGAGGAGACGCUGCAGCAGUACACGCCCCACAUCCCCGGCAGGGUCCUCUACCUGCACAGGACGGAGGAUGGCGGCAUUGGGAGGGUGUUAGUGGAUGGAGCCUUUGAGGAGCUGCAGAGCAUCCGGCUGUCAGCCAGCAUGAUCACAGACCACCUGGCAAACUCCUACUAUGAAGGUUUGGGGCAGGAAAAUCUGACCCACAAGACCUUUAUUGAAGAGGGGAAAAUGCCUGCGCUAGAGGACAGCGGGGGUGAGGAAGGCAAGCGGGGUAAGGGUGAACAGCACGAGAAAAAGGGUGAGGAUAGAGAGGAUAAAGGAGGGGAUGGGGAGUAGGUCAGAGGAAUUACACGGGGAUGCGAGGUGUGCAAGUGUGUUCGACAUGGGAAUGGGUAGUUGGCUCAGUGGGACAGGAUGAGGGAGUCUAGUAUAAGGACUGUUUCUUGUGGCGGUCCAGCAACUUUUAGUUUUGAGGAUGCUGCUUUUGAAGUGGCUUUGAAUUUGCAUUGUAUUGUUUCGUAAAAAAACCACUGACUUGUUGCUGUAUUUAUACUGUGGUGCACAAGUGUGUCCUGCAUCGUGUUGACAUCAGUUUGGCUAGCUGCUAGUGAGCAGUCAAUGAAAUUCUGUUAUACCGAUUGAUUAACGGCCACUUUACAACAGUAUUAAACGGCACACCUUGAACAGAAGCUUUGCUCGAGGUAAUUUUGUUUACUAGCUUCUGUAGAGGUAGAUAAAUCCAGGGUGUGUCACAGUCUGCUCUAUGUAUUGCUAGAUGACUGAUGUGCAAUGUUGCAGUGUUUGUGUAUGCUAAGUCUGCUUUGGCAGCUGAGGCAGUCUUGUGUCCAA